CCACCACGCCACCGGUGGGUAAUCGCCGAACCCCGCUGCUCCCAUGGAAACCGCCGCGGCGCCCCGCGUCCAGGCGCUCGCCGACGCCGGCUUGCCCCGCCUCCCGGCGCAGUACAUCCAGCCGCCCGACCUCCGCGCGGGCCCCUCCCCCUGCCCCUCCGCCUCCCUCUCCGUCCCCGUUGUUGACCUCUCGGCCACGGCCGCCGCCACAACAACCGACACGGUCGGCCGCGCGUGCGCCGAUUGGGGCGCCUUCCACGUCGUCAACCACGGGGUCCCGCCGGGGCUGCUCGACGCGAUGCGGGCCGCCGGGCUGGCCUUCUUCCGGGCGCCCAUGGCGGAGAAGCUCCGGUUCGGCUGUGACCCGGCCAGGGGCGCCGCCGCCGAGGGCUACGGCAGCCGCAUGCUCGCCAACGACGACUCCGUGCUCGACUGGCGCGACUACUUCGACCACCACACCCUCCCCGAGUCCCGCCGCGACCCCGCCCGGUGGCCUGACUUCGUCCCAGGAUACAGGGACACUGUUGUAAAAUACAGCGACAGCAUGAAAGUCCUCGCCCAAAGAUUGCUGUGCAUCAUCUCUGAAAGUCUGAACUUGCCACCCUCCUAUCUGCAAGAAGCGGUGGGAGAAGCUUACCAGAACAUCACCAUUAGCUACUACUCCCCUUGUCCACAGCCAGAUCUUGCUCUCGGAUUGCAAUCCCAUUCUGACUUUGGCGCAAUAACACUUCUAAUACAAGAUGAUGUGGGUGGGCUCGAGGUAUUCAAGGAUGGGAUGUGGAUACCUGUACAUCCUGUUCCUGAUGCAAUCCUUGUGAUUCUGUCUGACCAGACAGAGAUCAUAACCAACGGAAGAUACAAGAGCGCCGUUCAUCGAGCCAUUGUCAAUGCCGACCGUGCCCGCUUAUCAGUGGCGGCGUUCUACGACCCUCCUAAAUCUCAGAAAAUAAGUACCGCACCCCAGCUCGUGAGCAAGGACCACCCGCAGAAGUACCGGGAUGUGGUUUACGGCGACUACGUCUCAUCCUGGUACAGCAAAGGCCCAGAGGGCAAGCGCAACAUCGACGCCCUCCUGAUCGAGCAAUAGGCAGGGCCAUUGAAAUGUACCACAAAAUUUGUAACACACACAGCGCGAGGCUGACAAACUUGAUCAAUAAAGAGGUGGAAAACAAAACAAGGUUGUAUA